CGAACACAAUGAACAAUAACUUCUGCCGGGCACUGGUGGACCCGGGUCCUGUAGGGCCCUCCAGCAGCAUGCAAGUGGGCGUUAUGGCCCCUGCCGGGCAGGCACCGCUGCCAGUCACGGAGCCCCUGGGCAACGUGCCCUUCCUGCUGUACCCGGGCCACGCAGAGCCGCCGUACUACGAUACCUACGCGGGGGUGUUCCCCUACGUGCCCUUCCCUGGAGCCUUCGGCGUCUACGACUAUCCCUUCGAGCCCGCCUUCAUCCAGAAGCGCAACGAGCGCGAGCGGCAGCGCGUCAAGUGCGUGAACGAGGGCUAUGCGCGCCUCCGCGGCCACCUCCCCGGCGCCCUGGCGGAGAAGCGGCUCAGCAAAGUGGAGACGCUGCGUGCCGCCAUCCGCUACAUCAAGUACCUGCAGGAGCUGCUGAGCGCCGCCCCCGACGCCGCCCCGCCCGCCGCCACCUCCCCGCCGCCCUCCGGCCAGCAGCACGGCCCUCACGACGCGCCGCCGCCCACCACCCUGGUGCCGCAGUCCAGGGCGGCUUCCUGCUUCUCCUCGCCUUUCUUGGAGUCGGAGGAAUCCAGCCAGUGAUCCGGGCCGGUAGCCCCGUCCCUCUCGGGAGCAGUGUAGGGGCUGCUGGGUCACCGGCGUGCAGGGCAGGCCAUAGUUACUAGAGGUCUGCGGUGAUCCCACCUCCAACCCACUUGGGGCGGAUGUGCGGAACUUGGGUACGAAAGGCAAUAUAGAGAUCCCAGGAUCAGGGUCGGGAUCAAGGUAGAUGGGUCAGGACAGUAAAGGGCAGGAGCCCUGGACUACUCCUGGAGCGUGCGGUACCCCUUGCAGCCCAAGACCUCCAUCCCUGGACUUGGCUCCAGCUAGGCCUCAGGCAGGCGCUGUUCAUCCCCGCAGAAAGUCCCCCUGCACUGGUUUUCAUGUGCCAUGCCUGGGCCCUCCACGAGAUGGCCCCAGAUACCAACAGGGAGCUUGCGCCUAGAGGGAGGAACCCAGAGGAAAGGAUGGGAGGCUGACAGACUUAGAAGGAGGCGGUAUAUGCCCACUGGUGACGGUUUUUGGUUUCCUUGACGAGUGAUCACCUCCCUUCUUCCACCCCUCAGUAUGGUUUUCUGGUCCUUCCCCAGGUUAAGGAUUGUGGAUUUUUCCCCAAGACCUGUAAACCUCUAGGAUCAUUGGCACUGUUUGCACCAAGGGCUAAAU